UGCAGAGCGGGGUUCCCAGUAUAAAACUGUUGGGUGCCUCCUCCCAGCACUAUCUCCUUCUGAGCAGCCUCCCUCCUCACAGAGCCCCGAGGGCUUUAUCAGCCAGCGCCUUCUGCCCCGGAGCCGGCUGCAGCCUUUAAAGAAAACUGAGCGACUCCCACCACUUCAAACCAAAAAGCACUCAAAAUAUAGAUUAUUGAGCCAGAGGAAGAGAUAACCAUGGAGGACAGUCCCACUAUGGUUAAAAUGGACCAGGGUGAAAAUCAGAUUUUACCAAGAAGAAGGUACCUCCCCAAGGCACUUGGCUACAUCACCGGUGAUAUGAGAGAAUUUGCCAGCUGGCUCAAAGACAAACCACAGGUGCUCCAGUUCGUUGAUUGGGUUCUUCGGGGCAUAUCCCAAGUGGUGUUCGUCAGCAACCCCAUCAGUGGAAUCCUGAUUCUGGUGGGACUGCUGGUCCAGAAUCCCUGGUGGGCUCUCAAUGGCUGUGUGGGAACGGUGGUGUCCACCCUGACGGCGCUGUUGCUUGCCCAGGACAGGUCAGCCAUCGCCGCAGGACUCCACGGCUAUAAUGCCACCCUGCUGGGAAUACUCAUGGCUGUCUUUUCAGACAAGGGCAAUUAUUUCUGGUGGCUGUUAUUACCUGUGUCUGCCAUGUCCAUGACUUGCCCAAUUUUCUCAAGCGCCUUGAACUCCUUGUUCUGCAAAUGGGACCUCCCUGUCUUCACUCUGCCCUUCAACAUGGCGUUGUCAAUGUACCUCUCGGCGACGGGACAUUACAACCUGUUCUUCCCAAGCAAAUUGUUCAAACCCGUGACCGCGGUUCCCAAUGUCACAUGGCCUGACCUCAGUGCCCUGCAGUUACUGAAAUCCCUGCCUGUGGGCGUCGGGCAGAUCUAUGGCUGUGAUAACCCGUGGACAGGGGGCAUUUUCCUGUGCGCCCUCCUGCUCUCCUCCCCACUCAUGUGCCUGCACGCCACCAUCGGAUCACUGCUGGGGAUAGCAGCGGGACUCAGUCUUUCAGAGCCGUUUGAGAACAUCUACCUUGGGCUCUGGGGUUUCAACAGCUCUCUGGCCUGCAUUGCAAUUGGAGGAAUGUUCGUGGCGCUCACCUGGCAAACUCACAUUCUGGCUCUUGCCUGCGCCCUAUUUACUGCUUACCUCGGAGUCAGCCUGUCACACGUGAUGGCUAUGGCGGGACUGCCAGCCUGCACCUGGCCCUUCUGUUUGGCCACACUACUGUUCCUCUUGCUGACCACCAAAAACGCCAACAUCUACAGAAUGCCCCUCAGUAAAGUCACUUAUCCUGAAGAAAACCGCAUCUUCUUCCUCCAAGCCAAGAAAAAAAGGAUGGUUGAAAGCCCUUUGUGAGAGCAACCCCCACCCAUGGCCAAGGUCGCAAGGGGUGACUGACAGCCCCAGGUGACUCCCGGGGUCUUGGCAAACUGCUGUUUCUUCACUAGUGACAAUGUUCAUACUAACCCAUUGGCAAUCUGUUCUUAGGCUCGCUCUGUAGCUCUCUUUUAGACUCCAGGAACAUCCCCAAUCAUGUGAGAGACACGUCAGGAUGGUGUGCCCUGGUGGGGCGUUGGUGCUAGACUGUCAUGUCGUUAUAAAGUCAAACAGCUCCCACAGAAAGAAGACACGAGACCAGAGCUAAUUAUUUACCGGUGUUCUUGGUGUUUGGUUGGCUACAUGAUGUUAACAGUAUUAAAAACCAAGCUCAAAAAAGGAAAAAAAAAAUCAAGCUCUACAAACCAACUAAGCCUUAAGUGAAUGGAAUUCAUGACCACGAAGUUAGUCAACCCAGAAUUCUCAGAUAAGCAGUUUGACUCGUUUAAAAUCCAUACAAGUCACUUGAUGGGAAGAGCACUUGGUGUUAUACUAUAUGUUGGCAAAUCGAACUCCAAUAAAAAAAAUAUUAAAAAAAUAAAUAAAAUAAAAAACCAUACAAAUCACACUUGGCAGCUGUGGCCACAGCUCAUUCUCCAGCUCCUGGGCAGCAGAGGGGCCUGGAUGCUGCCCUGAGUGUGUUGCACUCUCCCCUCCAGGAGAUGGUUGAUUCUUUCCAGGCCGACACAGCUAUAGGAGGGAGAAAGGGGAUUUUAUCAGUUAAAACUAUUCUGUAGUGUCAUUUUCCUUCGACACUGCAAAAGAUGUUUUAGAUAAAUAAAGCUUAUGAUAAUUUUCUUGGGAGAAUGGAUUUGUUUUUUCAAUGAGGUAAAAUAACAAGUUUCUGGCUUAACCAAUUCCUAGAUAUUAAGGAAAAGUUACAUUUUUAUAAAAUAAUCGGCAUAGCUAUUUUUAAUUCCAUACCCAAGUGGAUUUUAUAAAUGCCUGGAAUGCGUAGAACCAAGUCAUCAACAUCCAAGGCCCUUUGAAACCACAUUUGCUACUCCUUUGAGGCUAUGUCUUAUAUCUUAUAAAGCCUGGAAGGGAAGGUCAGAUUGUUUCUGGGCGUUUAGAGCUUGUUGAGUUUCCUACUUAAAAAAAAAAAAAAAUCAUUAUUUUCUGUACGCUCACAAUGUUCUUGCUCAGAAACCCGAAAAGACAUACCAGUAAAAGGGUUCUCCUGUCUUUCUUUGUAUUAAUUUUAAGGUUUUUGGUCCCAUAAACAUUCUAUGAACAAAUGCACAGAGGAUGCCGUGGAAAGCUCUACUCACUACCUUCUACUUCAUUCUGUAUCAAUCUGCUAUUUUGGAGGAUUCAAAAAGAGAAAUAGUGGAAGUCUAAGGUUUUUUUCUUGCCCUUUGGGUUUGCAGUGCUCAGUGCAAAAUAGACAAGUUUGCUGCCGGAAUAAGCAGAAGAAGGGAAGUAAACCUACAAAUAUUUUGGGGAGAAGUCCACUUCUUCCUUUUCUCAGGGACACAAACAUUGUUCCAAUGUAACAACCAUGUAACCAAAGCCUUUUGAAACUCUGAAUGGGCAACUGUGUAGAUUCAUGUGUAUUCCAGUGGGAAAACUAAAUGUUCAUUGUUUGAACGGAAAUCUCCCUUGUUAAGGAAUUUGUGAAGCAAGA